AUGCGACACAAGCGCUUCAGGAAGGCCAAGAAGGUCAUGGAGGAGACGCGGCUGGCCUUCCUCGUUGACCUUUGGAAGCUGCGCGGGCUGGUAGGUAGAGUUCGCAGGGCAGUUGAAGUUGAGGAGGAGGGUGCAGUAACGACUCUCGGUGAGCCCUGUCCUGUCCGCUUCUUUGUGCCCGAGCUCUACUUUGACGAUCACACUUUGGAGUGCAUCAGAAGAGCGAGCGGAUGCUUCUCAGGUCAUUUACUGGAAGAGAUUCGGGUGCUGCAAGACAAGCUGGAUUUGCUCGGAGGCAAGAACUGGAGAAAUCUCUUGGCCUAUGCCCUGAAGUACAUGCAAACCACCGAGAUUGGCAAGAUAGUGGCAGACGAAUUUCCGGAUGCAUCCACCCGCAAGAUUGUUGAGAAUGCUAUAACUCACGGCCUCUGGGACCAGAUAGAAGAGCUGCAACCUGUAGUGGAUGGCCUGGAAACGGACAUGUCCCACAUGCGUCUGCUGGAGGAUUAUGACGCACGCUACGAGGCUUUGCAGGAGGACAUUGCUAGGAAGCUGGCCGCCAUCAACUCGUACAACCAGAGGCAUGCGACUGCGGUGACCAGACUUCAGGAGCCUGAUCCUGAAAUCCCUCCAGACUCUUCGUCUGAGGUCGAAGAGGAAGAGGAGGAGGCUUCGGAGUCAGAAACGGAAGGUGGCAACAGUUCAGGGUCCAGCGUUCCAGAAGACUUCUGGGAUGACUGGGAUGAAGAAGAGGAGAUUCGGAAAUUCUUUGCCGCCUAUCUUCGUCCUCCCACAAAGGUAGAACUGAAGAAGCUGCGCACGACCUUCGUGCGAAACAGGAAGAUUGCGAAGCUAAAAACUCAGAAGAAGUCGCGCCAGCAAGAUGUGGAAGGGCAGAAGAGGGCCCGAGUCAAAAGUUUGCUGGCGCGCUGGGAGAAGACUGCAACCCAAGCGAAGGAGGAAGUAAAGGAUCUGGAGCAACCGCUGCAGCGCGCCGAGCACAAGAGUAACCAGGAGAUUGACGAGGAUGUGCGGAAGGAGGCGGAGGCUGCGAAAGCCAUGGAAGCCGAGGCCGAGCAGCUGGCACAGGAAGCCAAUGAGGCUGCCGAGAAGGCCCAGGCGCUGACCGCUCAGGUCAAGGAACAGGAGGCAGUGGCUCAGCAGGAAAAGGCUGUGGUGAAGGAGAUGGUCAAGGAAGUGCAGAGCUUGCCACCUCCAGACCCACGUGGAGGCCUGCUGCGACAGCUCGGAGAGGAACAGGUGGAAAUCAUGAAGAAGCAGAAGAUCUGCAAGGAGAAAAUCUCAAAGAUCAAAGGCCGGCUUCGUCUAUUGAAAAUGGAGCUACGCGAGCUUUACCGCAUGCUGGGCUGGGCCUGGGAGGAUUCGGGCAGUGAGGAAGAGGGGGAAGAGAAGCCUUACUGGCUGCGAAAGCGUCUUGCCAAGAAGACAGCCUCUGAGAAGAAGCCCUUCAACGAGCAUCAUUUCCUGAAUCAGGAGGACAAGGUCAUGGAGAAGCGGAUCAAGAGAAUGGCCAGCCAGAAAAAGCUGAAGGAAACCGAUUACUACUGCCAGCGCGAGCAGGCUGCGCGUCGCACCUGCCGAGCAGACCCCCGCGGCUCGCAGAGCCCUGCAAAAGGCCCUGCAAAAGAGGCAGAGGUCGUGGUGGAAAUGGAGAGCAGCGUGCUGCCCUUCAAGCGUGUGGUGGAGCCGCUGAAGCCCAGCCCCUCUGGGCAGGUCCUGAGGCGCAAGCUUUCAGAGGAGACUUCUUUGGAGGAAAGAGGCUCCAGUCGAGGCCGCAGUGGCGGCGAGAAGCAGCUACGGCAGCUACGGGAUAUCUUGGAAUCCCAGCUCCGGAGUUGUGCAGACUGUUUUCGGGCUUUGUUGGGACCUGGAGAAGGCCCACUUGCAGAGCUGCGACCUCGCUUAGACAGGCUCUUAGAGCUUCGGGAGGAGGAGGACGAAGAGCGGACCGAGCAGUUGGAGGACAGUUUGGCGGGCCUGCAAGGCCUCAUCGGUGAGGCAAUCGGCUAUGGUCGCUCAGAGCUGCGACAGUCCCUGGAUUUCGGGGAGCUUCGUCAGCGCCUCUCAGACAUCCGGACGAGCCAGCGCCACCUGCAGCAAGAGCUGCGGAAGCUGGCGCGGCCCAGGCCCCUUCAAUGCCACAGCCGUUGA